UUGGCUUUAUUUCUACAGGUAUGGGCUGAAGACGGAGAUGACGAUUGGCAUUGUGUUCAAACACUAAACGAGGCCAGAAAUGGGCAUACUUCGACAGUAUGGGCUUUAUCUUUUAAUGCUAGUGGCGACAAAAUGGUAACUUGUAGUGAUGAUCUUACUAUUAAAGUAUGGGAAACUGACAGCCUGCAUGCACAAUCUGGUGAUGGCUUUGCACCUUGGAAACACCUUUGCACUAUAUCAGGCUAUCAUGACCGCACUAUUUUUUCAGUUCAUUGGUCAAGGGAUGGUGUAAUUGCCAGUGGUGCUGCAGAUGAUGCUGUACGCUUGUUUGUUGAGAAUGAUGAUGGUCAGUUAGAUGGCCCCAUGUACAAAUUAUUAUCUAAGAAGGAAAAGGCACAUGAGAUGGAUGUGAACUCUAUACAAUGGAGUCCUACGGAAAAACCGCUGCUUGCAUCAGCAAGUGAUGAUGGAACAAUUAAGAUAUGGCAGUGCGCAUCUACAUCAUGAUUUUCUUCAUAUUGGAAACCUGCUUUCCUGCAUUUCCCCAUCGAUGUACACUAGCUGCCAAAGUGCUGUGGCUGCAAAACGAAUUGGCAAAGUUUUAAAGUUAUUAUAGAACAUUGAAACAUAUUUUUACCUAUACCAAAUCUUUUUGGUGUAACAUAAUCAUUAGGGUUCAGAUUUGU